UUCGCUCAAAACCACACUGGCUGGGAAAACAUGCUGACAAAAACGUUCUCUAAAAUUGCUCGUUGUUGCUGGAAGGUCACUCAGAGUUCUGGAGAUGCGGGGUUGUGGUCUUCGCGAUAGAGGGCUUGAUCCUCUUUGUUCUGUGCUGGAGCGCGUGGAUGAGGGGCUGAGGCCUGUGGUGGCAGUGCAAAAGUUGAGUUUGAGUACGAACCACAUUACCGCUGAGGGUGCGAGGCGCUUGGGCAUGAUGCUAGCAACGAACCUGAAGCUGGAGGAUCUGGACAUCUCUGACAACGACCUGCAACAGGCCGGAGGUGAGCACAUCGCAGAUGGUCUCAUUGGCAACAAGGGCAGACUGCAGAAGCUGAACAUUUCGCACAAUCGCCUGCGAGUUGCUGGAGCUCGAGCCGUACUGGAUAGAUUUCUCGAGACCGAUGCUAGGUUGCAGAUUCAAAUCAAGAGGCUUCCUGGGACCAAGCACGGUUUUGUUUUAGAUGGCAUGACAGUGACAGGUUUGGAGUUCAUGGGCUGGGUUGAGCGGCACAACGAGAAGAAUCCAAGCGAAGCAGUCUUCGUCGGCGACAGGAUCUCAGAGGUGAAUGGCAAGACGGAACCGGAAGACAUGAUUUUGGAAUUGACUGUUGGAGAGGUGCUGGACAUAACCCUUCAUCGUGAAAGUGUAAGCAUGAAGCACCUUGACAUUUGCUACAACUUGCUUGGGACUGCAGGAUCUCAGGAGCUGAUGGGUUUGAUUGGUGGGCGGCGGAAGGGGUCCAUGCUUGGAAAUCAAGCACGCUUAAACGGUGGGAGCAGGAUCGUGCUGCUGAAUGCGUACUGAUCCACACAAUCUUGGUAUCAUGGACUUGCAAAGCAGGGACCAUGUUAGAAUCAUAGGACAUUCAGUUGUUUGGCUGGCUGUCACACGCUUCAAAGAGAGCGCAACAA